UAAUGUUUUUGUAAUUCACUUAUAAAAUAUAUAAAGUACAUUUUCAAUGACAUUUAAACUAUUUUCUCAUCAGUGUUAAUAUAAUAAUAUAUUUAAUUUAAUUUUAAAUCGAUAAUCAUAAAUACAAGUUGAUCAUAAUUAAUUAUAAAUGUCUGGAAACAAUGAUGAUGCAUUCCAUCGUACUGGAUCGUUUCGUCGUGUUUUACCUCCAGGGAAUGAUACAACUGGUAUAAGUGGUAUAGCAGUAAAAUCUACCAAUACCAAUAACACUUAUAUUAAUGAACAGUAUAUUCCUUUUUUUCUCGAGUAUACCCUCAUGUCUGAAUUUAAUAUUUUGAGCAAAAAAUUAAUACCAGGAGUGUAUGUAAUACCAGCAGAUAAAACUCCAUUCAUAUGGUUUGGAGUGAUUUUCCCGAGGUACGGGCUUUAUAAAAAUGGAGUUUUCCGUUUUCGCUUACUUAUAGAUAAAAAUUGGCCAAACUGUGAUUAUCCCAAAGUAAUAUUUGAGACACCACUAUUUCAUCCAUUGGUCAAUCCAGAUACUGGGGAAAUGAGUAUUCAAUAUCAUUUUCCAGAAUGGAAAAAAGGAGUUAGUCGUAUUUGGCAUGUAAUAGAUCAUGUCUCAAAAUCAUUUUAUGAUAUACCUAGAACUAAAACUCCAGAAAAUCUAGAAGCUGCAGAAUUAUUGAAAACAGAUAAUGAAAAGUAUAUGAAAAAAUGUGAAGAUUGUGUAAAACAAAGUCAAAUUGAUAUAUAUAAGCAACCAAUGCAUUCGGAGAAUAUUGAUCCAAAUUAUUUGCUAUUUGAUGUUUAUGAUGAAGAAAUUCAUGGAACUUUAAGACGUUCAUGGCUUCAACAAAAAGAAAAUGACAACAAGACUCAAAAUUUAUCUUGGGUACAACCUGGAUCAUUAGAACCAUUUUCUCGGUCAAACACGUAAAAAUGAUAUUUUUAAAUCUGAUAACAGUUAACAAAAGUAUUAAUAUUCAUAAAAUUAGAUAUAUUUGUUGUACAUAUUGUAAUAUUGAUUAAUAUUUUAAUUAAAUAUGGUAUAUAAUAAAUUUAAAAGUUAUUUUCCACUUUCCAAAA